AAACCUAAUACAAAAUCUAAACACUCAUAAAUUCUCAGUGUCACAAGCAAAAAUUUUAUCGAAGUUAUGGAAAAAAAGCGGCGAAACGAGAUGUUAGAGAAAAAAAUCGACAAGAUCAAAGACCGUGGUGAUUUGCGCAAAUCACCAGAGAAGGCUACCAAGAGAAGCGAUGAAAAUAAACAUGCAGACCUAAAGAUGGUACACCCAGAAAGAGGGGAUUCAGAUCUAUUGGCAAAAUUUAAUCAAAUACCUGAAAAACUGAGAAUGAAUAUAGUUAUGAGAAAACUAAAAAGUAUAACGGAUGCCACUGAGAAAGAGCUAAGCAAUAAAAAAAGUAUUGAUGGGCAGAGUUCAGCAAAUACAUUGGAGUUGAGAAAGCGUAUACGGGAAAAAUAUACGCUGAAACUCAAGAGCUCUGCGCAGAAAACGGAUAGACCACAAUCGGUUACUAAAAAAGAAGAACCUAAGCCAAUUAUAAACACUAUUAGUAGCGCUAAAUCUGAUCGAUACACCAACACAAUAACAGAAGAAGCAACGCAGACGAAAGACAAACUGAUCCAAUCUACAGAAGAUAACGUUUCAACCAAAAAUGAACCGAUUCCAGAGAAAAAACCAGAACGGGGUAUAAUAAAACUGGAGAAAACCAGUUCAAAAAACGCUCAAAGCUCCAAUAAACACAAUCGGAAACCAAUGAUCAAAACUAUAAUGUCCAAAAAUGGCCAAGUCAGGAUAUUUAAGGCAGUCACCUUCGUUGACCAGGUAAAAAACCCUACACCGUUAGAAAUCAGCAUACCGACCGAUGCCAUGAAGAAGUUGAAAAUAACAAAAUGUACGGAUACCAGUUCUUUGAAAUUAAAAUUGAAAAGAAGCCCGAGUCAGACGAGUAUUAAAGAUAGAUCAUCGCCAGUUAGAAAGAAAGUUGAAAGAAGAAAAGAGAAGAAACCGCAGAAGUGUGCUUUGUCACCAGAUAGCUCGAAGAUGAUCGUUUCACCCCCAACUGAGGUUGCAAGAUGGGCACCAGCGUCUAUAGAUGAACAGACAAAACCAUACUACGAAGCAUGGGUCAACACUACACUAGCAGCCAUAUCUAAAAAUACGAAACAAGACAAAUUAUUCUACGAAAAAUACAAAGCAAGUUUACUGGCAAGUUUAAAGAAAGCUCAACAAGAAAGGCCACGAACUCCAGAAUUGGUUUAUAAGAAUUACUCCGAUGAGAGGUAUACGGGUAGAAUCAAAAUAACGCAAAGAUCAACACUGUUUUAGUGAUAAAAAAUUUAAGAUGUUGCGAAAUUUUUAUGCUUUUAAAUUUUAUUUUCAAAGGCUAAAUUAAAGGUUGUUUGAUGUCAUUAUGGACUUGUGCUGAAUAAGCAACGAUUUGACCAAAGAAACAGUGAUAAAACCUGUUUCCUACACGGUCUACCAUUGGCAAGGCGCUUGUGAUGCCACUGGUGAUGCAGGCGGUUGAACUACAGGUAUGCUUAUCAUCAGUUGGUCCAUAAGUUUUGUUUCAGAACUUUAAAUGAAGCAAUUACAACAGUUCAUUAGUGUGGACAAUGGUAUACCAAUUAAUUAUUAUGUUUUCGGCUUAAUCACGUAAUUAUUUGACGAGGAACUCGACUUGUUUCAAGCCAUGUUAGCAUUCCGCGACCGCUAGUGGUUACUCGAGUCUGCGGUGCCGGCCCAGAGCGCCCUCUGCCGUGAUUCACGCGCACUUUCCUCCAUCUGUGGUAUAGGGCGGCGCGAACGACACUGUUAGCACGUUAGACUCGUUCGUCGGCGCCUGCGUAAGUGUUGAGUUUGAAUUCCAAUUGACGCAAAAACAGGGUCAUAUUCUGCGCUCACUGUGUCACACUCCUCGUCAAAUAAUUACGAAAGUAAAGCGAAAACUAUAAUAAUUAAUUUCGUAUGUGUCACGAAAAUUAUUUUAUAGAUAAUGGUAGACCAGUUACCAGGUGUUUGGUAUAUUUAAUAUUUUGAUUAAUGUUACUAAGAUAAAUUU